UUUCCUUUUCACUGUCUCCAGUGGCGUGCAUGACCCGCGUAUGACAAGCACAGCGAAGCGCUCCUCUGCCCAUGAGGCUAGAUAUUCGGACUGUGUCGAGGGAUGGCGAGUCACUGGACCUUGUCAUGCGCAAUUUUGGUGGCGUGCGCCUCUGCACGCGCCGCUCCAGACUCCAGCAGAAGACCCAAUUUCGUGUUGUUCAUGGUCGACGACAUGGGAAUUGGAGACCUGGGGUGUUACGGAAAUGACACGUUGAAGACCCCUAACAUAGACCGACUGGCAGAGGAGGGAGUGCGUCUAACACAGCACAUUGCCUCGUCACCCCUAUGCACCCCAAGCAGGGCGGGAUUUCUGACUGGACGCUACCCUAUACGCUCUGGCAUGGCAGGUCACUACGAUGUAGGUGUGUACAUCAUCUCCGCAUCCUCGGGUGGACUACCUCCCCGGGAACUGACCUUCGCCAGAUUGGCCAAAGAACAGGGAUACUCCACCGCUCUCAUAGGCAAGUGGCACCUGGGCCUCAACUGUGAUCGCCAUGACGACCUGUGCCACCACCCCAACAGCCACGGGUUCGACCACUUCUACGGCAUCAGCAUGACCAACCUGCGUGACUGCACGCCAGGCAAUGGCUCCGUCUUCCUCUUCGCCUUCGACCACGUGCCCUACGGCGCACUGGCAGCCGCCCUCCUGACGGUGGCGCUGUUGCAGGCGUGUGGCGUGGUGCCCGUGUCCCGGCGGACGCUGUUGGUCAUGCUGGGCGUGUCGGCUCUCUCGGUGGCCGCCGUGUUCCUGACGUUCCUCAACACGUUCCGCCCGCUCAACUGCUUCCUGAUGCGGAACGCGGAGGUGGUGGAACAGCCGUACGUGGCCGAGAACUUGACGCGCAGGAUGACCGCUGAGGCCCUGGAGUUCAUACAGGAGAACUCGGAGAAGCCUUUCCUCCUCUUCCUCUCUUUCCUGCAGGUGCACACGGCACUCUUCGCCUCGCCUCACUUCCGGGGGCGGAGCUCCCACGGUAUCUAUGGCGACGCCGUCAUGGAGGUGGAUUGGAGUGUGGGUGAGGUGUUGCGCGCUCUAGAGAGUCAACAGCUGACCAAUCAGACUCUAGUAUACCUGACGUCAGACCAGGGCCCUCACCUGGAGGAAAUCUCAAUACGGGGGGAGGUGCACCACGGAUACACUGGCAUCUAUAGAGCGGGCAAGUCCACUAACUUUGAGGGUGGCAUCCGCGUGCCAGGCCUGCUGCGCUGGCCGGGCGGCUUCGCUGGGGGCAGGGACGUCUCGGAGGCUACCAGCAACAUGGACAUAUUCCCCACCGUGGUGAAGCUGGCCGGAGCAACCAUGCCUCAGGACAGGGAGAUAGAUGGCCGUGAUCUGAUGCCGCUCUUGCGAGGAGAAUCGGAACAUUCGGAGCACGAGUUCCUGUUCCAUUACUGUAACGCCUACCUCAAUGCCGUACGCUGGACACCACGCAACGGUUCCGCCGUGUGGAAGGUGUUCUUCUUCACGCCCGUCUUCCACCCGGAGAACAGCUCGACCUGCUUCCACACGCACGCUUGCUUCUGCACACCUGACUACGUCACCUUCCACCAGCCGCCGCUGCUCUAUGACCUGGCCAGGGACCCGUCCGAGAGCCGCCCGCUCACGCCCGACACCGAGCCGGCCUUCCACGCCGUGAUGGAGGCGGUGGCGGAGGCCACGGAGAGGCACCGGCGAGGGGUGGAGCCCGUGCCCGACCAGCUGGCGCCCGGACACGUGCUCUGGAAACCCUGGCUGCAGCCCUGCUGCUCAUCCUGGAGCCAGCUGUGUCACUGUGCCCGCGAUCACCAACAGGGCCAGACGCUGCUCUCACAAUAACUCAGUGUUGCCAGAU